GGCGCUGCCCCACAUUGCGCAGCAGGCGGGGGUGGCACGGCCCCCACCCGACACAGCCCCGUGCCCGGGUCCGCGCUGACCCCGCGCCCCUCCCGGGAGAAGGAGGAAAUGAGUUUCCUGACCGGCAAUGUGUGCUCAGAGCCAGGACCUCCCUUUCCUAACAGAAGCCUUGGGGAAAACCAGCCUGUAUCCCCAGGGAUUCAUGAUGAGCCCACUUAGCUUUGGGAAGCUGUCCAGGACUUAACCCUUGGGUUUGGAACUUCAGCAGGGCCCAUGAGGGAAAGACUGGAGAUGUCCUUCCCUAACCUCCUGGGUGCCCAGAGCAAACACUCCUGCUCUGCUUUCAAUUCCUUAGAACAAAAACUGCUUCCCAGAUGGAUGUGACUUCUCAAGAGCUGUGGGAAACCCGAGGUUGCCCGGUGAGCCAGGAGCACAGCUUCGGAACAGAGAAGGGGUUGCCAGAGUGCGGAUGCUCUGAGUGCUGCUGUUAGAACGAGGUCCGGACGGCGAGCGGAGGCCGCGGGUGCCCCGCCGGGAGCCAUGAGCGCGGGCAGCGUCGCCCCGGGCUGGCCUGAGGCGCUGCCGGGCGCGGCCCGGCCCGCGGCGGGGAUGAGCGGCAGGGAGAGCCCCGAGGGGCCCGGGGACGGCCCCGAGCUGCAGCUGAAGGUGGAUUUCUUCCGCAAGCUCGGCUACUCCUCGGAGGAGAUCCGCGUCGUGCUGCAGAAGCUGGGCCUGGGCGCCGACACCAACACGGUGCUGGGGGAGCUGGUGAAGCACGGCCCGGCCGAGCGGGACGGCCCCGAAGCCCCGGCCGAGCCCGGCGAGGCCCCGCUGGUCCCCCGGGGGGGCGCCGGUAACAAGUCCCCCGCGCCCGGCCCCGAGGAGACCGAGAGCGACAACCUGAAGCCCAUCGUCAUCGAUGGCAGCAACGUGGCCAUGAGCCAUGGGAAUAAAGAAGUGUUCUCCUGCCGAGGUAUCCUUUUGGCUGUCCAGUGGUUCUGGGACAGGGGACACAAGGAUAUCACAGUCUUUGUGCCGUCAUGGAGGAAGGAGCAACCCCGACCAGAUGUACUCAUAACAGACCAGUACAUCCUCCGUGACCUGGAGAAGAAGAAGAUCCUGGUGUUCACGCCGUCCCGGCGGGUCGGGGGCAAGCGCGUGGUGUGCUACGACGACCGGUUCAUCGUCAAGCUGGCCCACGAGUCCGACGGCGUCGUCGUGUCCAACGACACCUACCGGGACCUGCAGAACGAGCGGCCCGAGUGGAAGAAGUUCAUCGAGGAGCGGCUGCUGAUGUAUUCCUUCGUCAAUGACAAGUUUAUGCCUCCAGAUGAUCCCCUAGGGCGUCAUGGCCCCAGCCUGGACAACUUCCUCAGGAAGAAACCUGUGGUGCCAGAACACAAGAAACAGCAGUGCCCUUAUGGGAAGAAAUGCACUUAUGGAAUUAAGUGUAAGUUCUACCACCCUGAGAGGAUCAACCAGCCCCAGCGCUCGCUGGCUGACGAACUCCGUGCCAACGCAAGGCUGUCUCCAACCAGAAGCACCAGUGCCAAGGAGGAGAAAAAGGGCAAAAGAGUCUCCCAGGCAGAGCUCUUGUGCUCUGCGCCCACGGAGAGCGACAAAAGCUCUUUGCAGAAGGUCUCUGCAGACAGGAAGAGCUUGGCCCACAAAGCCAAGCCCAGCGACGUUCCCCUUCAGGCCAAAGGCUGUGUGUCAGGGGGUGUCCCCCUGAACAGUGGGAGCCACAGGUCCUCUGACAGGUACCAACAGCCUCACAUGGACUCUCUGUCUUAUAUCUCUCAGGAGCGUCUCGACUCAGGCAUCGGGUCUCUGGAGAACCAGCUGUCUGACAUGUGGCCUCACAGAUGUACCAGUCACUGUGAUCAUUCCCAUGCUGAGCAGGUGUCUGUCUGCAGCUGUGGUAGGCAGAGACCCGUGUACCCACAUUCUCCCAGCUUAGAGCAGAACGAUCUGGUCUCUUACAAGCCCGGCUCCCAUAAAUCUUCCUCCUCUGGUGCUAGCUUCUUGCAGUACAGCCCUGAGGUCUCUCACUCAGGAGCACCCCACUCUUUCUCGGGCUAUGGGGUGCCCGUGCACCCGGGCAGUGCGGGGCAGUUCAGCCUGCCCAGCGAGUUCAGUGCCCCCCCGGCCCCCUCGCGGGAAUUCUGGUCGGAGCCGUUCCCGCUGCCCCCGGUGCGAUCCCCCGGGGCCCGCGACCCCCGGGCACUGCAGAGGGGCCUGGGCCCGGCCUACGGGGACUCGGGGCCCUGGGCUGGCUCGGAGCAGUUUGCAGAGGAGAGGGCCAGCGUGCACAUCAAGCUGUGCGGCAUCUUCCACCCGCACCUGGUGGACGCCGUGAUGAGCCGCUUCCCGCGGCUGCUGGACCCCCAGCGCCUGGCUGCCGAGAUCCUCACCUACAAGGCUCAGAACCCGGGCUUGUGAGGGCAGCCGGCCAUGGGGAGAGCUUGAGGGGGCUGUGUUUGCCUCUGCAGCUGCCACAGGUGCCUUCCGAGUGCUCCUCCUUAUUCCUUGAAGUACCAGAGUCCAGCUGGGUGCUGGAUGCCAGAUGUGGGGUGCUCACAGCCAGUUCUGCUCUGGCUGUGACCUGUGCCCUUCGGAGAGGUGAGAGCACCUGGGGUCCCAUCUUCCCCAGGGGCUGCUGAGUGGGAGCAGAGGCUGCAGCUGCAGAGCAGGACUGUUCAUUUGGGGUUCGUGAGAAUCUGGCACACUCUGAAUUACUGCAGUUGUCCAGAACUGGAUGUGUUCUUGCCCCUCCCAUUACCUUCAGUUUUGAGAUGGCUUUGUGCACUAUGGAGCUAAGAGGGAAAACUCGGGGAGGCUCUAAGAGAGAAGGGGAUCCACCUUUGCAGUGGCCUGUGGCUGGCUGGUUUGUAAAGACCCAAAUGCAUUGUCAAAACUGUUCUUAGCUCCUCACUAAGCCUCUUUCCUAAAUCCCACCAUGUGGAUCUGUGGCAAAUGUUGGGUUGUAAAUCCAGUCUGAAGAUGGGUUUAGCUGACUUUAAUUUGGUCUUACUGGUGCACUUCUUUAAUGAUGCUUUCCACAACCCUCCCACCUCAGCUUUCCUUCCUGAGGUGAGGUAAUUCUCCCACAAGUGCUUAGAGAGCUGCUCAGCUCCCAGAGACCAGGAGCCAGGAGCUCAGUCCUUACUCAGGAGGAGUGGCAGACACUGCUCCAGAGCUGCAUGUGCUGACAGCUGCAGUGUCAGAGCAGGGGGGUGACCUGAGCACCCUGUUGGUGCUGCCCUGGGACAGUCACCUUGCUGCUCCCUGGCCCAGGCUGGCUCUGUGCAGUGCUGAUGAGGGUUUAUGAUGUGCCUUUUGCCUUCAGACAGCAAUAGAACAGCUGUAGUCACAUCUGGACUGCUGCCAGGGCCCUUCCUGAGGAGUCCUUAAUAUUUCUCUCUGUAAAGCUGUUGCUUCAUCUUCUUCCUCACCAAUGUUCCCCCAUCCCCUUUGGCUGUGCCCAGCUAGAGCAGCAUCCAGAAUUGUAGAAUAAGAGUUAUUUGGCAAGACUGUUCCUGUUUCAUUUCCUCUUACUCUGUAAGAUGUUUUCUACUGUAGAUACUGUAAGAGAUUUUAAAUAUGCAAAACCAGUUGCUGUAGUAAUUGGUUCUGGUCCUGGAAUUUCGCUGUGCUUGGGAUGCAGAGAUGUUCCUGGCACUUGCAGGCCAGAAGCAGUUGAUUUGUUGAUACACAUUGUAUCUGUGUGUGUUGUUGUUUUCUAAAUACAAUACGCCCUUCUGUGGUUAAACCAAGGUCGUUGAGUGGCAAAUUAGGAAGUGGAGAGUGGGAUGCAGCUGGUCCUGGAACCCUCCUGGGAACGGUGUUGUCCAUUCCUGCUCUUCCCUCUUAUGUCCGAGGAGUGACCUGCCCAGACUGGCACCAUGUGCCAUGAGACCACAGGGACACAGAGACCUGUAUACCUGGUUAAUAAUGAUACAUUACAAAUUAGUAAUGUUUCAUGUUAGUAAGCAAAAUGCUUCUUAAUUUUAAGUAACCUGAUACUUUGCAUAUUUGUAAAUUACAGGAAAAAUGGUUUUUAAUGUUAUUGUCCAGCACUUUGCUGCUUGCAGUUUUACUCAGUGCUGUUCUUGCCUCAGCCAUGUGUUACUGGGCGAGGUGGGUUUGCGUUUCUGGUGGAAUGCUGGUAUCUGCUGCUUCUCUUGCAAUCAGAAGAUUAACAUUUUGUACUCCCCAGCUGACACUUGCUGAAUUUUCUGUAUGCAGUAUAGUCACGUACCGAGUGGCCAUGUGACAGCCACGGCAAAGGAAGAACUGUCUUAUAUAAAUAAAAAUUGCUGAGUUGGCAUA